AUGAAACCGGCUAUUGUUGUAGAUUAUAACAAGGCAAAGGGAGCAGUGGACUUAUCUGAUCAGAUGGCAGCAUAUCAGACACCAUUAAGAAAAACUUUAAAAUGGUACAAAAAAGUUGCAUUUGAUCUGAUUUUAAAUAUCGCCAUGGUGAAUGCUUUAGUUUUAUAUAAAACUGUCACAAACAAACAUGUAUCUAUUGUAGACUUCAGAAAAGAAAUACUAAAGAGUUUUUGGCAAAAUCUUCCACAUCCGGAGCGUCUUCAGAACGGACGACAAGAAGGAAACACGUGCUUCAGAAAAGAGAAGGACCUUCUAUGA